AUGGGGAGAGGGUUUACCCCAGGAUUUCACAAACCUUUGAACACUAUUACUGCUGGAGGUUCGGGAAAUCAGACCGUACCCCAAGAUGUGACUUGCUUCAAGUGUGGAAAGUCGAGGCAUUAUGCUAAUGCUUGCACAUACACAAGGCCCAAGUGUUUCAACUACAACAGACUGGGACACACUGCUAGUCAGUGUAGGACACCCAAGACUGAGCCGUCUGUUCACACUGCUAGAGGAAAACGCUCUGCUGCUAAAGCAAGAGUGUACACCAUGGAUGAUGAGGAAGCUGAAGGAGUUGAUGGUCUAAUAAGAGGAGAUUGCGAGAUUGACGGUAAUCUCUAA